ACUCUCCCGAUGGUGAUCGUGCUCGAGAAGGAACUUGCUGCCAUCUCCAUGCGACCGGGGGACGAUGUGAAGCCGGUCCUUGACAAGAUCAAGGACACCUAUGCAAGGAUGGCAGCAGCGGGUAGCAGUGUAUCUUAGCUGCAGCAGUGCACCAAGAUCAUCUCGGUGUUGGACAACUCUUGGGACAACCUCAUCCCCACCCUCAACUCUCAGCAAGAUCAACGGACACCUGAGUGGCUAAGGCAGCAGAUUCUGCAGGAGGACUUCCGCAGACGCCAUGGUUAAGGGAGCUAAUGGGGAGCUUGUGGGGCUUGGGAAUGUUCUGCUAGUUGAAGGCUUGUCUGCUAACCUUCUCUCUGUGCGACGACUGCAGAAGAGCAAGGCCGAAGUGACCUUUGGACCAACCAGCUGCCGUGCUAAGCUUGGGAAGAAGAUGCUGUGGAGUCUGGAAGAGGAGACCAGCUGCAUCAAGGACCUGAGUGGAGAGGCUGAUUGGGAGACAUGGCAUGAGAGGCUGUGUCAUGUGAACUUCCCUAUGCUGCAGAAGUUGGUGAAGGAUGGGAGCCUGAAGGGCUUGGAGUGUGGGUUUACCCUUUGAAGAGCAAGGGGGAGGUGGCAGCGGCUGUCCUUAAGGAGUGGAUGCCUAGAGCUCAGAGGGAAUGCGCACACAAG